AUGGUUAACGUAGUGAUGAUGCUACUACAGGUGCUAACAGUGGAUGUGAACGAUGAAAAUGGAUUGCUAGACUUUGAAUUUGAUGUCCAAGCAUUUUGUGAGGUUGCAUGUGACCAAUUCAAUGGAGGAUAUUUCCCCUACCCAGGCGACUGUUGCAGAUUCAUAAUAUGUCAGCGACUCCCAGCAAGUAGAGGGAGAGGUAAGGUACUAUCUAGCGUGAUGCCUUGUCAACUACCAUUGGUGUGGAACGACGAAAAAGCGUCGUGCGAUUUGGAGAAACGAACCCCUAACUGCAAUGCAUCUUGUCAUGAAAGGGCGUUUACGCUACCCCCAGCGACACUGCCCCCCAUGAACGACUCGGUUGAAUGCUUCGAUGGAGUGAAUGCGAUAAAGCUUGACGAUUUAGUAGAUCAACAAUGCUUUAAGAUAUUCCCAUAUGAUGAGCGACAAAUGCCAACUUGCUGUCGGGAAAAUGAAAUAUUGGACCUUGAAGAGUGCGCUUGUAUUGGGCAACCUCGGUUCCCGGGAUGUGAUUGUAUCUUCUGCCUUGUAUUUGAGUUGAACGAGAUCAGAGAUGUCGUGAACACAUUGCACAUAAAUCACACCGGUGUUGAAUUGAUAGAGUAUGCCAUCAACGCGUCUAUGCACAAGGCACAAUUCAACGGCAUAGACGGCUCAAUAAAGAUACCCCAUUUUGAGAAUAUGUACUAUGGCCCAAUAUUCUCAAUGCAUCUUUUCAUUGAAAUUCCAAAUAAAUAUGAGGUAAGCGGCUUUGUGGAUGCACCGUUGAAAGGCAUAGUGAGUAAUGGAUGCUGUGGGAAGAAUGGUACGGUGGAGAUAUGGAUAGAGGGCGGCCACAUCUACCUCACUAUCAUCACAGAAAAAAGAGCAUUAAGAGCAUACAAGUUCAAUGUAGAUCCGGAAGAACUCAUUGCCGGCCAGGAAUUGGACCUUAACUUUGCUUACUCCGAUCCACUGUUGAGAGUAGCAUUUGCCAUGGAGCCUCACGAAGAUAUAGCAUUAGGAGGUGAUAUUGUGCCGACUGGUUGCCCAUUGUCUCUUGGGACACUGAACGAUCUCCCAGGCACAUACUUCGAUGGUGUAAUGGAGGAUGUUAUUGCAUGUAGAGACAGAUGGACCGAUGCACAGAUCUUUGCAUUACAACAGCACGACAAAAGAGCUGUUUUGUGUACACCUUAGACACUCAUGUAUACUCCAAAACAACGGAAUACUAUUGAUGAGAGCGAACUAAAUAGAGAUGCAGUAUAGAUGAGGUAGUAUCUUUAACACUGUAAAAUUGUGUUGUUUGUGUUGAAAUUGAAUGAACAUUGAAGAAUAUGUUUGUUUUUUCUUAACAUAUGAAAGCAACGCCAUUUUAUGUAUGUUAAGGAUAGUAUUUACUGUUUAUAUUUAAAUCUGAUAAAAGACUCUGAUGUUUUCACAUUUACAACAAACGUUUGAUGAUAACAUAGAAGAGUUGUACGGCUAUUCAGUACAUCCGUAUUACUAUUACUUAUUAUUGUGAAAAAGAAUAAACUCCAUGAUGGGUGGAAAUAAGC